ACAACACUACACAACACAUGCACACACACAUACAUACGAUUAGAGGCAGAGGAGUUACCAGGAGAAGAAUUGUGAAGGAAAGGAAAGCCACUCAUUUGUCUCCAUGGACACUCAACUUCCUACGAGCACUUAUUAGUGUGUGUAGCACAGGAGCGGGUCCUUGCCAUCCGCUUAAUAAUUCAUCAGGUUGGUCUCAGAGCUUUGAGCCUGCAGUGCUCACCAACUUUCCCACCUCUAACUUUCAUGCAGCAGCAGUUGGCUGUUUCAGCAAGUCUCCUUUUGUACUUCAAAUUGUUGGCACUGAGGAAGAGCCGAAAAAUCAGGUGUGAGCAUCUUGUAUGUGUUUGUGCGAGUGUAUGAAUGAGUGUGUGUGGAGAGAUUGUGAGAAAGGUGUGUGAGUGUUUUCUGUACGGAGGGCAUCCUGCCGUGAAAGUGGACACUUUCCACUUUCCUCGUCUCAUUAUAUUUGUGGACUUGUGAGUCGUUUGUUAAAACUGCCACUCUUGUGGGACUGGACGUGCAAGACAGCUGUUCGAGAGGCAGCUUGGAGGCCAAAUGGGACUCAUCUGCCAGUACUGCUGGUGAAAGCACAUCUCUGUGCUGUGUUUAGGCUGUUUUAGGGGCUGUCUGUGCACUCUCCACAGAUUCGCUUUCAUCAUGGCCGGCUGUACCAGCCGCUGCAGACAGGGGGUCCUAAAACUCAUUCGGUCCAUUCAGAGGCUUGUGUCUGGAACCCUCAGCAAAGAUAAAAUAGAUGAUGAACUAGAGAUGACGAUGGUCUGCCACCGGCCGGAGGGUCUUGAGCAGCUCGAAGCACAGACAAACUUCACCAAGCAAGAGCUACAAGUCCUUUACAGAGGCUUCAAAAACGAGUGUCCAAGUGGAGUGGUGAAUGAAGAGACCUUUAAACACAUUUAUGCACAGUUUUUUCCACAUGGCGAUGCUAGCACAUAUGCACAUUAUCUCUUCAAUGCAUUUGACACCAGAAAUGAUGGAUCAAUAAAGUUUGAGGACUUUGUGAUGGGAUUAUCUACCCUAUUGCGGGGGACGGUCAGAGAUAAACUUGAGUGGACAUUUUAUCUAUAUGACAUUAACAAAGAUGGAUUUAUCAACAAGGAGGAAAUGACAGAGAUAGUGAGAGCCAUCUAUGACAUGAUGGGGAAGUACACUCAUCCGGCUUUAAAAGGAGAUGUACCAAAGCAACAUGUGGAUGCUUUCUUUGAGAAAAUGGACAAAAACAAAGAUGGAGUUGUAACAUUAGAGGAGUUCGUCCUUGCCUGUCAGGAAGAUGAAAAUAUGAUGAAAUCCAUGCAGCUCUUUGAAAAUGUGAUGUAAAGAAGAUGAAACAGAAGAAGAAAAGAAAGAAACAGAGAGUGGGAAAAGAGAGCAAAAGGAGUUUAUGACAUAGAUGGAUGCACGAGAGUCUGUAGGCUUUCUUUUUCUAUCUCUAUUCAAACCAUGUAACUUUUAAUAUUUUCCCUUGUAAACCUUGAUCCAGCUAGCCUUUCAGACCUUCAAGCUGAUCCAGAACACUGCAUAUUUUUGAAAGGGCAUUGUCUGAUGUGUGACCAUUGGGGUGGCCAUGAUCAGCACCCUCUCCUGCCUGUGAAAGAGAACACUAUUCUCAGGCUUUUUUGGUUUGCUUGACACUAAAGCUCAGGACCCUACAUUUGUACUGGAACUGCAUCCAGGAGGUAUACAGCCUCCUUUGCUUGCUUUCUUGCCUAAAGAGCUUGCAUGAUUAAAAAAACAAAAAAAAACAAAACAGCAGAUAUGUUCCCAAUGAGUUGCUUGAAGAUAACGUUGGCCUUCAGAUAACUAAGUUAACGUUAUUAAUCUGCAUAUACAUUUAAUGAUUAAUUUAUUUAUGACAUGGGCUUGUGGGAUCCUUAAUUGGAUGUUGAUUUUGUGUCUUGUGUUGUCAGUGUUAACAUCGUUGUUUGUAGGUAUUUGCUGUCUCCAGUCUGCCUGCUUAUGUCUGUCUCAGUACCUGCCAAACCAUUUAUUGCCCACUAGAUCUUAACAAAUAUGGUGGAUCUAAGGUUAAAGGUGUGUGUGUGUGUGUGUGUGUGUGUGCGUGCGUGCGUGCGUGCGUGUGAUUAUUGAGAAGAGACUGCAGAAUCACAUAUGUAUAUAUAAACCCAAUAAAUGACAAUCCAGUCCCUUGUCUGUAUGUCCAUACAAGGAGGGAACAAAGGAAAAUCAAGAUUAAUUACAUACAGUAUAUAUAUAUAUAUAUAUAUAUAUAUAUAUAUAUAUAUAUAUAUAUAUAUAUAUAUAUAUAUAUAUACACACACACACAGUACUGUGCAAAAGUCUUAGGCACAUAAGAUGUUUCACAAAAGCUUUUGUCUUAAGAUGGUUAUUUAUGUCUUCAGCUUUAGUGUGUCAAUAGGAAAUAUUAAUGUUAGACUCCCAAACAUUACAUUUGCAAAUAGAAAAGAUUAGAAUAGAAGAACAGGGAGCCCUGCAACAGAUGUCAUGGCCCCCACAAAGCCCCCCACUGAACAUCGUAUCAGUCUGAGAUUACAUGAAGAGACGGAAGCAAUUGAGACAGCCUAAAUAGAUAAAAGAACUGUGGUGAAUUCUCCAGGAAGCUUGGAACAUCCUAUCUGCCAACAACCAAGAAAAACUGUGUCCAGGUGUACCUAAGAGAACUGGGGCUGUUUUAAAGGCAAAGGUGGUCACCGAAUAUUGAUUUAGAUUUUUUAGGUUUACUGGACUUUGUAUGACAUUAACUGAUAAAUGAAAACUAUUUAUGUCAUUAUUUUUGAAGACAUCCUCACUAUGCAACAUUUUUCACAAGUGCCUAAAACUUUUGCACAGUACUGUAUAUAUAUAUAUAUAUAAGAUUAUUUAUAUUGAUUGCAAGUGGUCCAGUUCAAGUAAAUGAUGUAUAAGCUAUGUAAAUACUUGCAAGUAUGGUGCCACAUGAAGAAAUGUCCAACGAGGCAAAUACAAACUGUGAAAAAGGAAUUUUCUGAAAUAUAUGCUGUGCAAUUUCAGUCAAAACUGAUUAAAAAUAUUUGUGGAAUAA